GGGAGUGUCCAGUAAUGACUUCCCCUGCUUGGAGAACUUGUGUAAGAAGAUCAUCAAGGAGAAGCAGCCCUUCGAGAGGCUGGAGAUCAAGAAGGAGACUCUCCUGGAGAUGUUCAAGUACAACAAAUUUAAGUGCCGGAUCCUGAAUGAGAAGGUGACCACUCCAACCACUACAGUGUACAGGUGUGGUCCGCUGAUUGACCUGUGCCGAGGACCCCAUGUCCGACACACUGGAAAGAUCAAGGCCCUGAAGAUCCACAAGAACUCCUCUACCUACUGGGAAGGAAAGGCUGACAUGGAGACUCUUCAGAGGAUCUACGGGAUUUCCUUCCCUGAUCCCAAGAUGCUCAAGGAGUGGGAACGCUUCCAGGAAGAGGCCAAGAACAGGGACCACCGCAAACUGGGACGGGAACAGGAUCUAUUCUUCUUCCAUGAUCUGUCUCCAGGCAGUUGUUUCUUCCUGCCUAAAGGAUCCUACAUCUACAACAGUCUGGUGGACUUUAUCAGGACUGAGUACCGUAAGCGAGGCUUCCAGGAAGUGGUAACUCCUAACAUCUAUAACAGUAAGCUGUGGCAGACAUCAGGCCACUGGCAACACUACAGCGACAACAUGUUCUCCUUCGAAGUGGAGAAGGAGGUGUUCGCCCUCAAACCUAUGAACUGCCCGGGACACUGUCUGAUGUUUGACCACCGGCCGCGGUCCUGGAGGGAGCUGCCUCUGCGAAUGGCUGACUUCGGCGUGCUGCAUCGUAACGAGCUGUCUGGCGCUCUGACUGGUCUGACCCGUGUACGACGCUUCCAGCAGGACGACGCCCACAUCUUCUGCACCAUGGACCAGAUUGAGGAGGAGAUUAAGGGUUGUCUGGACUUCCUGCGUACGGUCUACGACUGUUUUGGUUUCUCCUUCAAACUCAACCUGUCCACCCGGCCUGAGAAGUUCAUGGGAGAGCCUGCGGUCUGGGAUCAGGCUGAGAAGCAACUGGAGAACAGUCUGAAUGAGUUUGGCGAGAAGUGGGUCCUCAACCCUGGGGACGGGGCCUUCUACGGGCCGAAGAUUGACAUCCAGAUCAAGGAUGCUAUUGGUCGAUACCACCAGUGUGCCACCAUCCAGCUGGACUUCCAGCUACCAAUCCGCUUCAACCUCACCUUUGUCAGCCAUGACGGAGACGAUAAGCAGAGGCCAGUCAUCAUCCACAGAGCCAUCCUGGGAUCAGUAGAGAGGAUGAUCGCUAUCCUCACUGAGAACUACGGAGGGAAAUGGCCGCUGUGGCUGUCUCCUCGUCAGGUGAUGGUGGUACCUGUAGGACCCACCCUGGAUGACUAUGCUCAGAAGAUCCGUGAUGAUUUCCACCGUGGAGGUUUGAUGACUGACGUAGACUGUGAUGCCAGCUGCACCCUGAACAAGAAGAUACGCAACGCGCAACUGGCACAGUACAACUUCAUCCUGGUUGUGGGAGAGAAGGAGAAGACCAGUGAGACGGUGAACGUGCGCACGCGUGACAACAAGGUGCACGGCGAGCGCUGCGUCCAUGAGUGUAUGAAGCGUCUCCAACAGCUGAAGGCCUCACGCAGCCGCAACGCAGAGGAGGAAUUCUGAUACCACUCGGACGGUCCUGUUCAGUGAACCGCAUCUCAUCGAGGAUUUCAACUUUUUUCACUGGUUCAACUUUGAGUCAAACCGAAAGUGCAGAACUCCCGAGUCCUUAGAGGCAACUCACUCGCUCGGCCUGUCUUUUACUUAACUUGACUACGCAUCUCUGUCCGCAUUUCUUAAUAAACAGGUUUUUUUUGUGGGGGGCUUUUUGAAAUCGCAUUCUAAUUCGUUUAACGUUUUGAUAAAACAAUCACGAUUCUUUCAAUGGAACCUCCAAUGUCCUCUCUUGUAAUCUGUGAAACUCAUGAUACUGUUGAUGAUCUGCUUGUAGAACUGUUACAAGGGAUGACCUCUACUUUAAAUUGAUUUAUACCACUUUGCCUCUUUCUCCUCAUUGGUUUACAUUACAAAGGGAAACCAGAAAGUGACCGUAAGUUUUACAUUACUGUAACAAGUGGAGUUCACUGCUGUCAACUGUAGGAACAACCGUUUUCAUGACAUCAAAGAAUUGUAAAUAUGUAAUGCAAUUUUGAAAACGUAAAAAAUAAAAUAUUUCUUACAUUA